AUGUAUCCUACAAGGAGAGAAGCGGACAGCGUGCAUAGUGGGACUGGUGUGUUCUACCAGGCAAUGCCUGCUGUUGGAGCUGAUGGAAAGAACAUCAUGAAACUGAUUCCUGUACAAAUGGUUAAUGGGAAGUUUGUCCAAACUCAAAUAAGCCAACCCAAAAUGGAUCCUAAACCACAGAAUGCCAUAACCAUAAAGGAUACCUGUGAGCAUGGUCACAUGGGGAAAACGGCCGCUUUGAAUUUUUCAGCCACACAGCCAAUCAUCAGGGAGCCGGUUUACCUCGUGGAUGCCUUGCCUAAUCAAGUAGGUGUAACAGAACAAUGUUUGGCUCUUAGUAAUUCAUUAAAUAAGUAUCCACUACAACAACAGACUCUUAACUUAAUGGCAAAAAAACCUUUGAUGGCAAUACUUGGCACAAACUGUGGGAAGUCAACAAGACCCCCAGUCACUAUAAAAUCUCCAGCACUCCCAAGAGGACAGUACCUUCAGAUUCCCUCCAAUGCACAAGUCCAAACAGUCCCAGUGUCUGAACUCCCCCCAGGUAUCAAGAAACAGAUUUUUACUUCAUCAGCCAACUCUUCUUCCAGUGUGGUCUACGUGUCACCAGUGACAACCGUAAAUCAAUGCACCACUCCACCAAGCAGUUCAUCACCCGGGACACUUUCAAAUACAUCAAAUAUGACCUCACAUUCAUCAGGAAGAUCCAGACCACAUUUGAAAUUAAUUCCAAAGGUUUCACAAAGGCCCAACAGCCCCAUAAAGUGGGUGAUCGAAGAAGAAGAAGACCGCUUCAGAGGGUCAACUCUUGACCCUCUUAUUUCUCCUUCCAUUACUUCAGAGAUUUUUCGACCUGUUGCAGAGAGAGACGUUACCAACAAGCAUUGUGAAAUAACAAACGAGAAGCCCAUUUCUCCAUCGAGUCUGGCCAAAAGUGAAAAACGACAUGAAAACGCCUUGGUCGUGUGCAAUGGGAAGGUGUUUUUUGUGGCUAAAAAGUGUAGGCAACCAUUUAAAUUAAAGAGAGGGGGAGCUGAUCCCCCCAAAGCAGCAACAAAAAGUUACCAAGUCAAGAAAACCAGCAUACCGCCAUCCCAAAAUUCACUCAGACAAGACUCCAGGAUUAUUAUUCCUGAUGAAUCAGAUGAUGUGAUUGACCUUUGUAAUGAGGAUUGUCCAUAUGACUCAUCUCAACAAGAAUCAUCAGGUUGUAUGUCGACCAUGACUGACGUGGAUGAGGACAAUGUAAUAUUUGUAUCAUAUAUUCCACCCAAAUCUGACUCUGGGCCAACACAAAAUGUGAUCCAAAAAGCACUUGAGAAGGAAACUGACCAGGCAAGCUCAAUGAAUAUACACUGUGUGAAGGAACAAAAGAGCCUGACUGACCCAACUAGUUCAGUCAGUGAAAUCUUGACUGACAGUGGCACUCUCGUGGAUCAUCUAGCAGUGAGCAAAGUCAAAAAUGUAACACAUGUCUGUGGUGCAGCAGUGGUGAAAACAAAUAACAGUAACACCUUAAACAUGAACACUCAGCAGAGCAACUACAACCAACACCUGGAGAGCAUGAAAGUAGAUCCAGAAACAGAGAGUUCAGCAGAUCCAAGCACUCCUGACAGCAGCAUUGGAAUAUGUUCUCAAAUGGAGGACACCUUCAAAAUAGAGGUGAGGAGACUACUAUUGAGUUGGGAAGUGCGACGGGCUACGAAGGAAGUGUUUUUCCCCAUUGUAUUCCCAUUGGAUAUUGAAACAGAUUUUGCUUGCUGUCAUUCUUCCUGUUCAUACCGGCCAAGCUCUACAGAUGGGACAUUUUCACCGGCACCAAAACCCUUUCACAUGGCCGAUGACCAGCUGAGGCGAAUAUUUGGGAUUACAGCCACUGUGAGAAUUUGCCUGCAGAGGAUUGACGAAGUUUCAACUGGAGCUGUACCUGAAGCGGCUCUGGAGAACAAGUCCAUGAGCAACCAGUCAGAGGAUGACAUUCAGAAAACAAACAGAUUUAAAGAGAAAGCGCUCUUCUUACAAGACCUUUAUGAUCCACAACAAACUGAAAGUGACAGUGGUCUUAUCAGUGUGAAGAGAGUGAACCUACUGACUGACCAGGAGUUUUCAGGAGACAUCAUCACUUCAGGCCUUCACACAGAUAUCAGACCAAUCAAAUGUUCUCUUUUCAAACAGACAACAAAAGCUGCCACUACUUUGAAGAGUAAAUACACUUCAGGUCAAAGUUUAGACAAGGACCUAUUGUGUGAUGUUGAAACUGAGCCAGUGAUUGGCUACGUGGAACCAUUAGAUGAUGAUCUCCCCAGCGCAGAUGAAAACAACAUCUUCAACUCAACUGCUCAUUCACAGAUUCAGACUUGUGUUAAUCCAAAUGCAAACAGGAGGAGUAUGGGUCGGGCAAGAAAGCGUACGAUGUGUCCAUGUUGCAUCCCUGGUGCUCUGGAUCCUGCAGUGAAGUCCAGCGUGAGAUGGUCAUGGACAACAGAGCAGUCAAGUAAAAAAGGAAGGCGAAGGCCGACAAAGGCUCGAAAACAUGAUGGGAAAACACCUAGAAGGAUCAAUUGCAUUAUGGCCAAGAAUAAGCAAAACUGUAAAGCUUACAAGGUGCCAGCCAGUGACAGCUUAUCUGCAACAUCCAUGGACUCUGAUGAGCUAAAACAAAUCCGAAGACUCAAAGAGCUUCUGAAAGAGAACGAGGCCACUUUAGAAAUGAUGAGAAACAGCUCGAUUUCAGACUAAA